CAACUUAAACAUACAAACACUUAAGUAAUAGAUUUAGCUGUUAAGAGGCGCGCCGAUCCAUCGCAAUCCGAAUCGUUCAAAGGCAUUUUCGAAAAGAAAGCCCAGCAAAAGUAACUUAGAAGCAAAGGGAACAGAGCAGUAUAGGAAAAUAGGAUACUAUUAUUUAAGCUAUAAAACUAUGUACAUUUAAUGAGAAAGGUUAUUCAACUGUGAACAUUACUGUGAGCCAGUAAACAAAAUCAGAGAACAAAGAUCAGACUUCAGAGGCAUAACAUAGCAGGCAGACGAUAGUAAGGGAACAAGGGGAACCAAAGUCACAAUACCGACGUAACACUGUAUAUAGGCAACACACAAACCCAAUCUUAAGCUCUCAAGCUCAAGCCGCAGAAGUUAUCGCGAUGAACGCGCGUUCGCAGGUCUUUGAUCUGACCAUGGAGGGUCGUCAGGUGGACGAGGCGGUGGCUACCAUCUUUCACACCGUCCUAUUCCACCGCUGCCUGGGCAAGUACAUGUACACGGGCGACGCCCAGUACUCGAUUGGCACGGUCGGCUACACGGACGUCGAUUGCAACUUUAUCGACUUCACCUACGUGUGCUGCACCUCGGACAGCUUGACGCACAAGGUGAAGCGGGCCAUCAACUCGUUCAGCGAGAAACUGCGCUCCAACGAGAGCUGCGGCUCCGGCCAGAUCAGCCUGGAGUUCUUCCAGAAAAAGAAGAACCGCUGGCCCUUCCCGCAGGAGUCGAUACCGUGGGAGGUGUGGACGGUGCACCUGGAUCUGAUCAAGCACGAAAACGAGGAUGAGAGGCAGCUAUGCCGCGAGAAUGUCUCCGAUCUCCUUACCGAAAAGGUCAUAUACAUCACCGAGCUGAUGAAUCGGCACGACUACGUGCCCAAGACGCCCAGCCAGAGUGAACUGGACCUGAUCUUCGACACAUCCUUUCCGGACGUGCAGCCGUAUUUGUUUAAGUUUGACUACUCCACCUCGGGCUCGGCUGCUCCCUCCAUGGGCAACGCCAUGAAGAAGAUCAUCAAAGAGACGCUCGCAAUGUGACGGGCUGGCGGGGAAAUCGUGAUCCUCCACCCACCACUGUGUAGUUGGGCCACUUUGGUGGCCACUGCUUAGUUAGUUGCUCGCAAGUUAAUUUAUUUGUACUCUCUUUUUUUUUCAAACGUUUACGCCUGGUGUUUCGUUGCCCAUGACGACCAGGGGUGAGUCAUAGACAAGGGUGAUAAGAUGAAAUGCGAAGUAAUUAAUUAUUUAUGUCACGUCCCUGCUGAACUAGAUCGUUUUACAUAUGUAUAGGCUUUCAUCUUAAUUGUUCUGCCUUAAUACUUUUAGUUGUUAUUAUUGCUCUAGAUGUCCAAUAGGUUCCAUUGACCACCGCGCUUAUCCCAAGAGCAUGAUAUGGGUAACUUCUGGGCUCACAUGUCCACAUGGCAGGACUUAAAAGCAGGAGGGAAACUUGCGUAGAUAGCCAUGGAGAGCCAAAGGGAGAUGGGUGUAGAUUGCAUAGGCCACCAUUAGCUAUCCAGAUCCCACCAAAUGUAUAAGCUAUAGCCCCUUUAUUAUCCAUGCGAAACGUUCCAAAAACCAAGCUCUGAGCUCCACUAGCAAGCCGUUAGCUGUCAGCCGAGCAAAAUAUAUUGUGUUAAUUAUAUCUUAAUCGCCAGUGUAA